CAGGAGUCUGCUCCGUCCGUCACCUAGCUCCCUCCCGCACAUUAGGGAGAGGCUCUCGCUCUCGACACACCGACGACCCAGAAGAAACCAAAACUUCUGACUGAACUGCAGGUUAGCGUCACCAUCCCUGAAGAUGAGUGACAUCAAAAACCCCCAUCCGGCUGUACUGGGAGUCUCAAAGGCGAUUCUCUGCGUCAUGCCCAUUGCCUUCAUUGCAGUCGGGGUGGUAUACCGCAACGAGUGUCCAGUCCAGGAGAAGAUCCCCAUCUACCUGAUCGUGUCGGGGGUCUUCACCAUCGUUCUCAACCUCCUGUCUUGCCUCCCCGGCUCACGCUCCACCAAAGAUGCACCGCAAACAACGACGGGCCACCUUCUCAACGUCUGAAACUCGCUGGUGUCUUUGUUCCUCUUCUGCUGGUUCAUUACAGGCAACAUUUGGAUCUACUCCAUUUAUCAGCCCGAGUACAACAAGAACGCCACCGACGUGUCGCGCUACUGUAACAAGACGCUCUACCUGUUCGCCUUCUGGAACACCACGCUGGUCUACAUCCUGGGGAUUCUGUUCGUGCUCACCGGCUGCUGCGUCUUCCUCUGCUUCUUCCUGUGCGGCCGGGCCGACUCCGACGACGACGCCAACCAGCCGGCCUGAGAGAGACCGCGGCGAGAACUGGAGCCGCGGUGCUUCGAGCGUGACUGGAGCUGUUGGCUUCUGCUGUGCGAAAACAACUUAUUAUAAUAAUCCAAGUUUGAAAAGGAGAGUAAAUAUUCAGUUUAGUGACUUUUAUUUGUUUAUGGCUGUUGAAUCUCUAUGCCUCCCAACCUUUGUGCGUUUUUAACACCGGCUGUGUGCAUUUUUGUUCAUUUUUGCUGUAUUUCGUCUACCACUGUGAAUCAAUGAAUGAAUCUAUUGUUUGUUUGGACUGCGGUGCUGAAAGAUAUGUUUGGUGGGUUGUUUACAUCUUAAGCUUUUUUUUUACCAAGACCAAGAGGAAAUCAUAAAACAUCUCUUUAAUUUA